AUGGACGCAAUACCAACGAAGCACAAGGCCCUUCUAGUCAUUGGAUCUAGUAUUUUGAUGUACUGAUUCAACCAGAUUUUAAAAUGGAAACGCGAGAGAGAUCUUUCCAGCACAAGCGAUCUCUCAGAGGAUACUAUUGUUAUGAUAAGUGAGGAGAUUAGCCUUGACCAACCGAAACAAACCAGAAAAAGACUUGGCAAGAAUGCCAUCGCUAGUGGAGAUGAGAGGAGCUAUAGUUUGGCUUUUACCACCAGAAAUAACUGUGUUAUUGAUGCCAGAGAUGAGAUAGUAGUAACUUAUAAUGGGAGACAAGAAGAUUCUUCAUAUUAUGACUCAUCUGUGAUUUCUCCUGAAAGACAUAGGAAAGUAAAGAACACAAACCGUGAGAACAAUGCCAAAUAAAUUUCUGUGAAAAUUAGGGAAAACUAAAUCAAAAGCUGUAAGGAAGAAACUAGCAAUGGAGGAGUAUUAUGCUCAGUUGAAAAACAAAAAGGGUUAUGUAAAAAUUGGACAUCAGAAAUGAAAAGGAAAGGAUAAAUAUUCGGACGCCAAUGGAUGGUGUUCAGACGAGGAUUCGAGCUUAUUUUAUUCUAGACCAAAUAACAAUCUUGAGAAAAAUAAAGUACAAUCAAAAAAAUGACUAGAAACAGGGAUAAAGAUUAGGGAUAAUGAAAAGCCCUCCAAAACUCCACUCAAACUGAUCAAAACCAAGCUCAACAAAAACCCAAAACAACCCCAUUCCCAGGAGAAAGACAUCAAACUACACUACAAAGACCUCUCUAAAAAAGACAACUACGUUUUCUUCGAACUUCUCGCAGCCUACACUAACCAAUACCUCCAAAAACCUUCUAAAAAUCGCCGAAAGACAAUCAAAAGUGACUAAAAUAGCUACUUUU